AUGCCUGCUGAUCGAUUGUUCGGCGCUCGACUGAACGCAGCCGGCUUUUCGCUCACCAAUCAGAGCGCUCGUCUCAGGAAGGGGGCGGGGCUCGGCGGCAGCAGCGGCAACCAUGAACUUCUUCUCCAUCUCCACCAUGAGCUUGACGCCGUCCACCACCAUCUGCACCUGCUCCACCUCCGAGAAGCCGAGGCGAUCCGCGUUGGAAAUGUCGAACACGGCCCCGACGGCGGCGGUGUCCACCCCGCCUGGACACACGGACACAGUCUCAGGUAUCACCACCUGAACCCCGAUUACAUCCACGAGCGGCUGCGGGCGCUGGGGCGGAGCUUCGGCCUGCAGGUGCUGCUGCUGCAGGUGGACGUGCGGGACCCCCACCAGGCUCUCAAGGACCUGGCCAAGGUUUGUCUCCUCACCGACUGCACACUGCUGCUGGCCUGGAGCGCGGAGGAGGCCGGCAGGUACCUGGAGACCUUCAAAUCCUACGAGCAGAAACCGCCGGACCUGCUCAAGGAGCGCGUGGAGCAGGACUUCCUGUCGCGGGUGACAGACUGCCUGACCAGCGUCAAAUCCGUCAACAAAACCGACGCCCUGAGCCUGCUGGGCACCUUUGGGUCGCUGGCGGCCGUGGCGGGCGCGUCCCGGGAGGAUUUGUCCCUUUGUCCCGGCGUGGGACCCCAGAAGGCCAAGAGACUCUUUGAUGUCCUGCACGAGCCUUUCCUCAAGACCCCCCGAUGAGCCCCCAAAAAAAUCCUGAUUUUGGUAAUAAAUGACAUUUAGUGGUGACACAGGUGACAAAGGUGACACAGGUGACACUCGGGGUCACUCCUGCUCCUC